AUGUCUCAACCAACCCAGCCAAAGCCCGACCACCCCGAGACCCCAGCUGUCGACACCCCAGCUGCCGAAACCAAGGCUCCAGUCGUGCCCGCGUACAAGACGUACGCCAAAGAUUGCGCGCUGCUGUUUCCAGAUGCCCUUGGCGCCAUAGUUACCAGUGGAGGGGCACUUGGAGUCCCUUCAAAGAUCACCUCGCGCUUUGUGUCCUUCACGUCUGCAGACACCAUGCCAUGGAUUGGCUUACAGCUCAACUUUCCUCUGGGCGAUGAGCAAAGAGAGAAUGAGGACUUUGGCUUCGGUGUCCGCCACAGUUACAACCGACCUCUCAGUCGGGUUCUGCCAAACGACCAGCACACGAUCAACGUCAGGUUUCCUCGCGGGGAGAGCUUUUACGACGUGAACGAGGCGACUCCCGAGAUGCUAGAGAGGUUCCCCAACGCCAAACGCCUCGACAAAGGUCUUGCCAUCGUCUCCGUCCGCCUCGGGGAGAAUUCUCGCGUCACUAUCGACGGAUUUGGCGUUGAAUUCAACAACAUCGCAGACACAGAGGUCGCAUCAUGGGUCAACGACAAUGCCCCCAUUCUGGACAAGGUCACACUCCUGGAAGUACUGCUCCAACGUGAAUUCCACUUCAUCGUGGCCAACACCAAGGCAGACGCCGCGAAGAACUUCGCCGAAGGACGCCUUCCUCCAUUGUUUAGCUACCCAUUUGGGACCAAGCAUGACUGGAACGAGUCAAGGUACAAGGAGAUCCUGGUCGCCACAAAGUCCGAAAGGCAAUUCCAGGCCGCCUGGUACUACGAGGAUGAUAACGCGCAUGUCGCCGUGGUAACUCAGGCCAUCGUCCAGGACAUGAUGUGGAUACACGAGGCAGCCCAGGAGAUUAGCAGAGUUCCCUUUUCUGCUUACUUCAUCCCUGUUGACCCUGUGGCCGCCGCUGAUGCCAAGGAGUUCUACGUCGUGAUGCCUCUCACCCAGGAGUUCAUGGAUCGGUACCAGAGUGCCUGGCGGCGCCUUACCAAGAGCGGCGACUUCGAGCUUAUUCUCCAUGACCACGAUGAUGAGGAAGAAGGGCCUGGAACCGAGAAGGAUGAGGAGAUCAAGUGGUUCGAUAUACCCUUCACGCCAUUUCUUGAAUUUGCCUAUGCUAACUCACCCAUUUGUAGGGAAUGCUCCAUCGUGGCCCACCCCAAAGGCAUCGACGUCCUCAACAAGGACCAUCCCACCGACAAGAGCGAGCUAGUUCUUUUCGCCCGUCGCCCGUCCAAGGCCAAGCAAAGCGCUCACAAGUUCAAGUUUGACGCCGGGCUGGACGACUGCAAGCGCAAGGUCAAAGCAAUGGAAAUGGCCCUCCCUGGCGCUGUGCCUUCCCACCCGAUCGAUGACCCUCUGGACAUGAUGGACCUCCAGCGCGCCCUGAUGCGAGGCACAGGUUACUUCGAUUGGAUGAUGCGCCCAAGUGCCGACCUUGCCUCCUUGGAGCCUAACUCGCUGCCCAAACCGCGCCCUCUCCCAGUCGUCAACUUCCUGGAGAUUGCCGAUGCCAAGUACGUCGACGCAUUGGUUGAGGAGGCUUUGCCCCAAGACCGUACUAGGUUCCGCCAAUACCUCAGCAAACGGCUUCUAGGUCUUGGCAUCAUUACAGCAGGCCCAGGUUUUGGCAAGACGACUGCGCUCGCUGUGGCAACUCUGGCUAUGCAAGGCUCACUUGGUCGAAUCCUCUGCUCUGCCCCGUCCAAUGUUGCUGUCGACAACUUCGCCGCGCGUAUCGACAGCAUCACCUCUACCGUGACCGCUCGGUACAACAAGGAUAUGCAAGAAGACGCCCCCGACCGCAUGCGCCAUAAACUUGUUGUACGCGCUUACAAGACCUUUGAAGAGAUGGACGCCUUCCUGAUCUUGCUCGAGAACCCAUCGGCUGGCAAUACAGCCCUCUUCAAACGGGGCUCUGCAGGGACAACAACGUGGCAGUUGAACCUGUCCAUUGCGUUCUGGCUCUUGGUUGUGUUGCGGUCCUCAACUGUCAGGCCCCUUCACCUUGACGACCACAAGGUGCUUCACGAGAUGCGCGAGAGGAUCGAUGAGCGCAAUGACCUCGACAGGCUGCGCGCUGUUGCAUCGGGAGAGAUGGCCUGGGAUGAUUACAAGGGAGGCAGCCAGGUUCAACGCGACAAGCUCACGACCCUCAUGAAGGAGAUCCUUGCCGCCGCCGACAUGCUCUGCACGACCCCUGAAAUGACCGAGAAUUGCCCUCCAUACCACGCAUGGAAGAAGACUGCCAAGGGUGUCGCUGUGGAUGAGGCGGCUAACAUGAAUCGCGCCGACCUAGUCUGUGUCUGGGGCAACGUUUUGCUGCCGUGUUUCCUAGGUGGCGAUCCCAAACAACUCCCGCCCACCGUGAUGACCAGCGAAGAGAAGGACAUGCUUGGCAAUUUCCUUCACCAGCUCCCCAGAGAUGGCAAGAUCUCCGCUCUGGGAUUCUUCCAGGCUUCUGGCGUGUCGGUGUAUCGCUUGCGCACCCAGCUGCGAAUGGCUAAGGGCUUGUUCGACGCGGUCGCUUCCCAAGUCUACCCCGACGUCCCAUUCAAGUAUGCGGAAAGUUGUGCGGUCCAACUCCCGCAAUUCGAGACUGGUCGGGUUCUGGAGGCCUACAUCCUGAAGAAGUACCCAGAUGUCAAGCCAGCCCCAGCCAGCAAGCUCAGCCCUGUCUUUAUCCACUGCGAAGGCUCUAAAGUCUUUGUGAACGAGGUUACUGGCUCCAAGAGCAGCCCCGACCAAGUUAAGAUUGCGCUUCAACUGGCCCUGGAUUUAGUGAAUACCACCCAAAUCAACUCCUCUAGCCUCGUCAUGCUCUCUCCAUACUCGGCCAACGUCCACACCAUCAAUAAUAUGUUGAAGGGUCCGGGGUAUGCGGCGCUCAAUGACAUGCCGCCAGCCUCGACCGUUGAUGGGUUCCAGGGCAAGGAGGCUGACAUCGUCAUUGUGGUCAUGGGAACCGCUUCUCUGAAGCCUGGACCUGGUAUCACCUCAGACGAGCAACGCCUCAAUGUUAUGCUCACCCGUCAGAGGUGCGGUCUAGUGAUUGUCGGCGAUCUCAACGUCACUGGGACGCUUGUCGAGGACAGCAACGGCGAGAUCAAGGACAAAGGCAAGGGCAAGGGCAAGGGAAAAGCGAAGGGCAAAGGAAAGGUCAAGCCGUUUGACAGGUUCCUGACAUUUGGGCCCAAUGGGCAGAUAAGCUGGACAAAGGCCACAAUCUUGCAGAACUUGCACAUUAUUCUUUGGAAGGCUGGCCGGUUCGCGCAUCUUUACAAGGGGAAGUCCGUCACUAGCGAGGUUGGUCCUUCAGGCUCAUCUUAG